AUGGUGAUUGUGUCGCUGUUGACAUGCCACUGCCUGCAGGCAGAUGGCCCGGAGCGGAUGGUUUUUGGAGGUUUUCGAAGUGGUCUUGCCCUAUUCGACAUGGACAACGAUGGGGACCUUGACUGUGUGUCGACUGUAACAGAAGAUUUCGACGAGAGUGUGCCGAGCGUCACCUACGUAUGGCUUCUUAACGCCGUAAACGGACACAAAGCGAGAAAUAUAUCGUUCUAUGUCCGGGGUAGUGACACGCCUGGCGAGUUUUUGUUCAAGGACAAAAAUGCUGACGGACCUCUUCAAAGUGGCACGUACCUAUACUCGGACUACAAGGACUGCCUCAUUUUGGAAAUGCCUUACGGAAGCUCGCAAGAAUGCAUGAUGUGGAUAUCUUGGGAAGUCAAGGACCAGCCCCCGCAGGAUUGCACUGAUCAGUAUCAGGACAAGUGCGAAAUCGGAAAACUCGCUUUCGACGAUGCCACCUGCAGUCCAUUUUUUUCUUAA